AUGGAUGAGAGGGCAGACGGAGCUGCACAACAAAGACGGUCAAAAACAAAGUACAUGGACCGCUUGCAGCGCAUAGCAGACAGGCAGGCCGACAAUAUCCUGAUCGACUUGGACGACUUGAAGCAAUACGAGAACGCGCUAGAAGACGGCGGCGCAUCACUGAAGCUGGUGUCUUCAAUCGAGCGCAAUGCACACCACUACAUUGACAUUUUCUCGCGCGCCGUCGACAAGCUCAUGCCACAAGCCAACACCGACGUCAAUUUCAAGGACGAUGUCAUUGAUGUGAUUCUCACUCAGAGACAGAACGCGAACCGUGUCAUGCAACAAGCCCUCGAAGACGCCAUCGACAACAACGCCCCCGACUCCUUCUUCCCUCCCGCCCUCACCCGCCGCUACACGCUCAACUUCAAGCCCGUCACCCCCUCGGGGUCAAGCGAUGGAAAGAGCAGCAAAGCAAUGGCAGUUCGUCAAGUGCGCGGCGAACAUCUGGGCCACCUUAUCACUGUUCGUGGUAUUGCAAUCAGAGUGUCGGACGUCAAGCCCGCUGUCCUGGUCAACGCAUACUCUUGCGAUCGUUGUGGUCAGGAAGUCUUCCAGCCCGUCACGACAAAGCAGUACACGCCCAUGGUACAAUGUCCCUCGGAUGCUUGCCAGAAGAACAACGUCAAGGGCCAGCUCUUGCAUUCAACUCGCGCUUCAAAGUUCCUGGCUUUCCAGGAAGUCAAGAUCCAGGAAAUGUCGGAUCAAGUCCCUGUUGGCCAUAUCCCUCGUCAAUUGACCAUCUAUUGUCACGGCUCUCUGGCCCGCCAAAUCAACCCUGGUGAUGUUGUUGACGUUGCUGGUAUCUUCCUUCCUACACCGUAUACCGGUUUCAAAGCUAUCAAGGCCGGUCUCUUGACAGACACCUACCUCGAGGCGCAAUACGUACACCAACACAAGAAAGCAUAUGAGUCAAUGGUCCUUGCUCCUAGCACCGUCCGUCGUAUGGCCGAUUUGGAACAGUCGGGUCAACUCUACGAGUACCUCAGCAGGUCUAUCGCUCCUGAAAUUUUCGGCCAUCUCGAUGUCAAAAAGGCCCUUCUCUUGCAACUGAUUGGAGGUGUGACGAAAGAGAUGGGCGAUGGUAUGCGCAUUCGUGGUGACAUCAACGUCUGCUUGAUGGGUGAUCCCGGUGUUGCCAAAUCGCAAUUGCUAAAGUACAUCACCAAGGUCGCACCACGUGGUGUCUACACAACAGGUCGUGGUUCAAGUGGUGUUGGUCUCACUGCUGCAGUCAUGAGAGAUCCCGUAACAGACGAGAUGGUUCUCGAAGGAGGUGCCCUUGUCCUCGCAGACAACGGUACCUGCUGCAUCGAUGAAUUCGACAAGAUGGACGACAGUGAUCGCACAGCCAUCCACGAAGUCAUGGAACAACAAACCAUUUCCAUCUCCAAAGCCGGCAUCACCACAACCCUCAAUGCACGCACUUCCAUUCUCGCAGCCGCUAACCCGCUAUACGGUCGCUACAACCCUCGCAUCUCCCCCGUCGAAAACAUCAAUUUACCAGCUGCUCUGCUGAGUAGAUUCGACAUUCUCUUCCUUAUUCUUGAUACACCUUCUCGUGACGCGGACGAAGAUCUCGCUCGCCAUGUCACUUAUGUGCAUAUCCACAACGCUCAUCCCGAACCUGCAGGCGGCGGUCUCAUCUUCUCGCCCAACGAGGUCCGUCAGUGGGUCGCUCGCGCCCGCUCUUUCCGCCCCACAAUCCCCAAGGUCGUCUCUGAGUACCUGGUCGGCGCUUACGUGCGUCUGCGCCAACAACAGAAGAGGGACGAAAGUGCGAAAAAGACAUUCACACAUACCUCACCACGUACACUGCUUGGUGUCAUGAGAUUAUCACAAGCACUUGCACGUCUGAGAUUUGCAGAAGAGGUCAUCACAGAUGAUGUAGAUGAAGCUCUUCGUCUUACCGAAGUCAGUAAAGCGUCACUUUAUGAUGACGAUCGCAGUCGUCGUGGAGAUAUGAGUGCGAGCUCUCGUAUCUUUAACCUUGUGCGAGGUAUGCGUGAGAGUGGUGCUGCUGCUACUGGUGAGGGACGUGGAGAACUUGAUCUGCGUCGUGUGAGGGAAAGAGUUCUUGCGAAGGGCUUCACGCUUCAGCAAUUGGAGGCUUGUUUGGAUGAGUAUUCUGAUCUUGAUAUUUGGCAGACCGCUGCCGAGGGCACUAGAUUGGUGUUCAUCGAGGCUGGAGACGAUAUGGAGGAUGAAGAGUAG